AUGGGGGAGGUUAGUUCAGAAAAAGUGUUGCCACCAUUGGACGCAAAGGCUGUAUUCGAUGUGGUUCAAAUUGAUGAGCAAACUUAUCGUGGCAUCAAGCCAUUAAGAAAGCCAUCGAAAGAAGUUAGAGGAGUAUAUGGAGGCAACAUUGUAGGUCAAGGUAUUCUUGUUGCCAUGAGAAGUGCUCCAGGGUACACUCCGAAUUCAGCUCACACCUAUUACCUCAAGGCUGUUAAUGAAGAAACUCCGCUUACUUGGAAAAUUGAGGACAUCUCCACAGGAAAGUCAUUUGCCACACGGAAAUUAUUUGCUUAUCAAAACGACGUUGCUGUAUUUUCGGCAAUGAUCUCAUUGACCACUAAGAACUCGGCAUCGAGAACUGGAUCUAAGGACAACACACAGAUGGAAUAUAGCAUACCUGCUGGAAAAACAUUGACUACGCAAAGCCUCAAGGGUGUACCACUGAUAUAUGCUGCUGUUCCCUUAUUCACAUACAUGAGAAUAUAUGAAGAACAGAGGGACAAGGAUACAUAUGCGUUCCAAUUGCGGUGGGGUAUCAAAGAUGACCCAAACUUCCAUCAAGAACUCAAGAAUAUUACCCCAGAAUACAAGUAUCUUGGAAUUAGUGUUUUAACCGACUGGGCAGGAGUUGACUUUUUGGCACAUCAUUUGGGAAUCAAGACUUUACCCAAAUUUGAAACUUCCAUUGACCAUAGCGUCUAUUUCCAUGAGGACGAUUUUGAUAUAGAUCAAUGGUUUACGUAUGUCAUUGGCUUUAAAUGGAUUGGAAAUGAUCGGGCUUUGGUUAAAGCAGAUUUGUACACGGAGGAUAACAAACAAGUCGUAAGUAUUGUUCAGGAGAGGUUAUAUGUAACCAGUUCAAAGUUGUAA